AUGUCUAGCCCAGUCCAUAAAAAGGCCAAUCUUUUUGUACGCGGCUCAGACAAUGUGUUUCGGCGGAAGUCCCAGGAUUCUUCGAUUAGCGAACCAUGCGAUCCCAGAAAGCCGUAUCCUAGUUCCAACGAACUCAUUGCCUUAGGUUUUCAAUUGGCUGAUUCUGCGCUUCCCGACGGGGAAACAAAACAACAUGAAAAUCAGCACGGUCAUCCAACCAGUGAUCAGGGCUUUACAUCCACCAAAACCUCCACCCUAGAGCCUACUUCUAAAUUGACGACAAAAAAAGCGUAUACAUCGGGUUCAGCAUCAGGUUCAAUGACGAAUACUGAAAAGGAAGCUAAAGUCGCUAUGAACUCCAUCAUCACUUCAAUCUCGAACAGCGUCUCUUCAAUUGGGAUUGACAACAUUUCAGACAGAAUAGUGCCCUUUAUUAGUGGUAUGGUCUUCAUGUAUAUCGUCCAGAAGUGUGGGCCUUUUGUAUCCUACUACUUUGGCAUUUUGUUUCACCUACUCAAAGUAGCUCUUGUGUGGGCAGCCAUUAGUGUAGCUGGACUAUGGUACACAGGCAGACUUCCUGCUUUCCUGUUGAGUGAAAUCAAAAAGUCGAUUGCCAUCACGCUUACAGCACCCGCUGGCAUUCCUUCUCCAUCUCCAGACCCAAUAGGUAAUACUUUGCAACCCAAGUUUAAAAUUCCCAACCAUGUGUGUGCCAGGCCUAAGGCCAAUGAAAGAAGCAGAUCGAGAGAUCAGCUGCCCACUCGAAAAAGCCGAACGUCUUCUCCCGUCAAGAGCACUCAAAUUGAAAGUCGCCCUAAGAUUACAAGUCUUCGCCAGACUACACCCAUGCUGCGGAAGAAUAUGGAGGGCCAAAAAUUGCAGUCGUUGCCAAAUUUGCUUUCACCGACUCCCAAUACUUGUCCUCGGAUUUCUACCUCCCCUGAAAGGCCUAUUGACAGGGAUAGACGGCAUUCGUCUUCUUCCGCAGAAUUGUUAGACCGUGACUCUAAACAUAAACAUCUACCUCCAAUCCCCAGACGUUCAACGGAAAACACUGACGGGUCAGUUUUGCCUCUUCUAUGCCAAAUGGAGGUACAAAAAACACAUAAUGACGAAACUAGUCAACAUUUGCAUAGACUGGACACUAUGAUGAGUAAAACAUCAAUUCUCGGUACCCGAGCAAACUACACAAAAUUUCUCGCCAAUGUCAACGAAGUUUGA